AUGCGUCAAUUCACUCUUUCCCUCCUCGUCCUUCUGCCGCUGUUGCAGCGGCCGGAAUCCGUUGAGCAUGCAGUUCAGUCCACUCUUUCUGCAUCCAGUGCCUCCCUUUUCCCCUCCUCGCUAGCGGCGGAGGCGACGCGCGCUCGGCACCGUGCGAGCACGUUGGAAGCUGAGGAUGGCGCGAGCGCCGGCGACGAUGAAGACGCUGUGCUGACGGAGCAAGACCAGGAGUCAGAAGAUGAGUGCGCAGCCCAAGAGGUUAUGCAGAAGAUGCUCCAGGAUGAGUUGAACGGAUCGAACACGAGUUUGAUGGCAGCCUCGCCACAGUGGAAGCUGUUGAAAUCAAAUUUGGAGCAGCACAUGGACAACAAGGAAAUGUGUGCGCCGCUGUCCGGGUCUCAGCCUGUCUGCCGGCAAAUACAGAAGUCCGAUGACGGAGAGGUUUUGGGUUCAGCCACAACCCAACUCAAGUGCGGCGGCGCCGAAUACGAGAAGUUGAUCGAAAAGUACGUGCAUGAGAAAAACUGUCUCACAGCCGUUGCCUUCUCUCAUGCGCUCGCCCAGAGCUGGCUCGGACAUUUGGAUCCGAGCAAAGCGUCUGGGGGGUCGGAGGUCGCGCGGAAAGGCAUCGUCGAAGCUCUGGUUUCCCACUACCACAAGGCCAUGGACGCAGGAUUUCUGGAUGACACCCUCUGGUACAUCUACCAAGACGCUGCAGCCUUGCUGGAGGCGUUCAAGACCGCCGCGACGGACGGUCUGAACGCGUUCAACUCGGAGGAUGUGAGGAAGGCGCUGCUGCGUCGCCGAGAGACCCAGACAGCCAUUUUUUGCAGCGUGGGGAACGGCAAUGACGCGCAGCUUGGCUCGAACGUUAUCGUGAACGAAGGGACAGUCAUCUUCCGUGUGAAUCUGGAUGGCGAGGACAUGUCCGCGGUCGAGGCCUUCAAACAGGCGGUCGACACUUUCGCGAAAAAGUUCGUCCAGGCUGUUCUGGAAGAAGGCGGGCUCCUGGACCGCGCGAUCGAGCUCCACAAGAAGUUCUACAAAUUCCGCUUCUUCAAGAUCCAAGGGCUGAUGCAGAGUGCGGAGCCGUCGGCGGAUGUCCGGGAGCAGAACAAGCUCCUGGCCGCGCUGCCACUUGAAAAGCACAAGACGAAGGAGAAACAUCCAGAGAGUUCCUUCCUCCAGGUUGGAGCGGGUGUGCAGGACGAGCCUCAGCAACUGCUGGCUCCAGUGGCGCCGACGGUUGCUAGCGUGGCGACCGGAGUGCCUGCGCAAAACCCAGCUGCGGCCGUGGCCAUGCCGAUCGCCCCGGCGCAAGUGGCGGGCCCGACUGGCGCGGCGGCUGCGGUACAGGCUGACCCGUACUUGAGCGCUGUGCCGGCGGCGAGUCUCCCGCUCAGUCAAGCGCCUGUGCCGGACUUGCAGCCGGUUGUGGCGUCGUUGGGCGCUCAGGGAGGCGUGCAGCCGGCGCAGCCUAUGCCUACGUUCCAGAUGCCCGCGCAGAUUCCGUCCCCGCCGGUUCAAGCUCCUGCGGCGUCGCCCGUCGCACUCCCGGCACAGCCUGAUGCGGGAGCACCCGGACAGGCAGCCGUCGCUCAACCGAGUCCCGCCGCGCCUGGACAGGCAGCCGUCGCGCAACCGAGUCCCGCCGCGCCUGGACAGGCAGCCGUCGCGCAACCGAGUCCCGCCGCGCCUGGACAGGCUGCAGUCUUCCCCGGAGCUGAGCCGACGCAAGUCGCGAGUGGAGCUCCGGGGGCGAACCUCGCGGGUGUCGGUCAGAGCCGCCAGGUGAUGCCGCCGUUGUCGCCUCUGGAGGUGUACGAACAGGGCGCGCAGCGUCAGCCGUCAGGCGAAGGCCAGCAACAGGUCGCGCCCGAUACAGUCAAGAUCAUCCAAGAGAAGCCAUCGACUCCGGAGGAAGCGGCGCGUGAGCACGAGUCUCGUCCACAGCCGAAAGAAUCGGAACCGAGGCAUCGGGGAGCACUCGGCGCUCUGGGGGAGCGAGGUCACCUCCCUGAGAUGCCUUACAACACCGCGCAGAUCCCGAGCAAAGAAGUGAAGGCGGUCCCGAUCAAGCAGAAAGUGAUGGCCGUCAUGAGCCGCUUGCGCAUGCUCCAAAUGCACAACGACACGGUCGCUUUUGAAGUCGACUCGGCGGGCGUUGAAAAAAUCGUGAAGGCCGCCUACCUCGACGUGACGGACCGCGUCUUCGGCGUCUGGGGAGGACUGCUGCCGCAGGCCGCCGUGACGACGACAGCCCAGCUGUUGACGCUCCUUCUGCCCAAACCCGACGUGGAUGUCGCGGAGUUCUACAACAAAACGAUGAACAGCGAAGGCGCGAUCAGCGACGGCGUGCAGGAUCAGCUGCCCGUUAACCACACGCGGUUGGUCGAGCGCUUUGCCAUCUUCGUCGAGGAAAUGUAUCGUGAUUGCUGGCGCAAAUUCUUCAACACCAACGACAAUUUUCUUGCUCCCGCGAACGACGCUGAAACCGAUGCGCAAGACAUUUCUUCUGCCACGAGCAUCCCUGAAGUUUCCGCCGUGCAACUGAACGCGGGAAAGGUCGUAGACCUUCUCGCGAAUGGAGUUGUCGAGCGUGGCCUGGACCACGCGGCGUCCAUGGAGGCGGUCGUGAAGGAGCACUCCUUCGUGUCGACGGCAAGCGCAGCAGGAGAGAGGGGCAUUGACAUGGCCAUCGUCGACAGUUCCGACGGCAUCGGUGUCGCUGAUCUCGCAAAGGUGUUCACAGAUGAACAGGCAGUUCGCGGACUGACUGAGAAAGCUCUGAGCUCCUCCGCUUCAACUGUGGUGGCUUCGACAAGUCUCAUUGCCUUGGCCGUUCUGACUGUCGGGGCGUCUUCGUAA